CGAUGAUUUAACAACUUGAACCUCUAGCUCCAGCUCCUGCUGGAAGACUUAGACAAGAACCUCCGAAACAUCGUCUCGUUAUAGUUUCCACAAGGUCGGUGUUCCUUUCGUGCUCGUGCAUCCUCGUAUCGGUUUCGCAUGGCUUCCCAAAUUGAAUCGACACAAAAGUCGAAAAAAGCCUGAUGGUCUAUUUCAUCUAGGACAGAAAGAUUCAUCUCAUGUGAAUUUCCGUUCUUCUCUCCCCAAACCAAAAUGAAAAUUACUUAGUCAGAGUUGUAUUAGUAUGUGAAAAAGUAGAAGGUAGUACCUUUGAUUUUGAUGUAUCCCUUGCUUCUUGUUGUCUGGGCAUAUUGAAUUCAUUCCCACCACAACUUCAACUUCCAUCAUCGUAUCAUCAACUUCCAUCAUCGUAUCAUCAUCAUAAAAAAUGCCGCAGCCAACCGCGAAAGAGGUAGCUGAGUUUAUGGCUCAGUUUGAGGUGGGAGGAGGGAAAAAAGCGAAAUCCUUGAACGACGGACCACUGACAGAUACCCAGGUCAAGUUCAAGAAAGCGGUGUACAGUGGACACACACUUGUGGGACCAUGGGAUGAUAAACGGUACUAAAUUGUUAUUGAAUGGCUUGUCAUGAUAAUAAUUUUGAUGAUAGAUAGCUUAUGAAUGUUGAAAAAGAUUAUGAUAAGAAUUUUAUUGAUAGAUAGAAACAUAAAAAAAAACAUAUACAACACUUGUGGUUGUCGGAGCAUGGAGGGAUGAUAAACGAUACUGUUAUGGAGUUCUUUGAGGACGUUUGCGUUGUUAUUUUUCGACUGAAGGCUUCGUAUCUAAAUCUAUCAACUGCUAGGGUUUAGAUUUAUUAUUUCCCCGUUAAGUUAUAAUCUUCUACAACUCCUUACAACAAUUUCGAUCUUCUCUCAUCACUUACUGGAUUAUGCCAUGAACGACCUUCCGCAAAGUUCAUCUGAACCCGACCUCGUGACAAAACAGUAUGGCCCCAGAGUACCAGCACGACGCGCGUAUGCGAAAAUUGUAUCAGUUGCCUGGCAAGAUUGGCGACUGGAGCACGACGUCUGGCGACUACGGUCAUUUUGCUGAAAGAGAUAUGUUAUGGCCCCUUGUUUUAAUCCAUCUCGUCUGUAGAGACAUUUAACAAUCCAUGUCUAGGAGCUCUGUAGGAGAGAUAUUCCUCCAAAAACUGUAUAACUCUGUUGUCGGAGAGAUAUCCCCCAAAAACAGUGUAAAUUUAAUAUCUUCUCGUCAGUGGUAGAGACAUUUCUCAAGAACAGUAACAGUAUAUCGUUGGUGUUGACUCUAGUUGUAGUUCUUGUAUCCUUUUAAUCCAUCUUGUUGACUCUAGUUGUAUGGCUCCUUUUAAUCCAUCUCGUCGUUGUAGGGCUCUAAACGUGCGAGAUAAGCUCACGCGUAUCAGAAACAUCGGCACCUACAAGCGCGAUGACUUGGGCGACCCAGCGGAAUACUACAAAUCUAGUCAGGUAGUUACUUGAAUGCAUUCAUACUUUUCUCCUUCUUGAAUUAGUACGCCUCGAAGAUCAUAGGAUUUGGAAUUCAACGUCCUCAACAUGUGGUUUUUGCGACAUUGUUCAUAACAUUUAGAUUCUCUUCAAUCUCAAUCAAUCAUUCGAUCUCAAUCAAAAUCUCAAAGAAGCCUGAUCUACAACAACAGCGCACUCAUUUCGCGGACCCUGGAGGAGUUGAGAUGCCGCAUUUUGACGUCGGCUUGCCAGAAGAAUUUGUCGAGGAAUAUGCCACUACAUGGUCUAAAACAGAUCCAUACAUGCACCGUUUCGUUAUGGUCGGACUUUUUUACAUGUACACCUCUACUAGGCUAAGUACAAUCAUUAUCAUCAUCACCAUCAAUAUUAACUGUAAUAAUUGAAUACUAAAGAUGACCUUGACCAUAAUAAUGAGUUGUACCUUGUUGUGUCCAUCUUUCUUCUCAGCUGGAGAACCAACGUCUUUUAGUUGUAUUGGCCCGAGUACAUGAAGAAUAGGGACAACUAGGACAUCCACAAAAAACUUAUAAAUAUUAAUUAUCUCCCUUCUGCUCAGUCUGAUCUUUUCGGUUGUAAAUGGAUCAUAGGUACUUGCGUCGUCAGCUAUCGGAUAUGUUCUUUCUCGUUCUUAAUCAUUCUGGCAGUUAUAAAUUAUCUUCUUUCUGCUCAGUAUGAUCUUUUCGGUUGUGUCCUUUUUGUUGUGCCAUAGAAGAUCCACACGGGAAAAGAUAGCGAGAUCGGGGGACCGGGUUGAAUAAAGGUCUAUUCUAAUUUUGACAGUAAAUACGCUGGCGCGUGGUCGGAUAUGGCGGUCGAUAAGCUGCGCCGAGAGGGAAAAUUGGAGGAAGGCGAUCCGGCUAAGGGCCUCUGAGUUUGAUUGAAAAGUAUGUUGUCACGUAAACUCUACAAGUACAACAACAAGAAAUAAAAUAUAGUAUUAAACAACAACAUGAACAUCAUGAGGAAGCCUUUUCUGCAACUAAGCCUACACAUCAUACCAGAGAACGUAGUACUCUAUCAAUAGAAUUUACGUAAUCAACAGUAAAAAAUCAUCACGUAACUCACAUCAAUUGGUAAAAGGAGAAGUAGUAACAUUCACGAUCCUGUUGAUGAACAUGAGUUCAUGUCAUACCAUCUACUCACAUUUCAUGAAUCCAUCUUGCACGACCCACAAAGACCCCCCUUCAUGUCCUAUAAUGCACAUUCUCUUAUUUCUCAUUCGAUACAUGAUUUACAUUUCAUUCUUCGCUAUUACGUUACGGACAUCAACAUCAUGCCAGUGCACAAAAAAAUUCCUAGAAUCUUCUAUCAGACCAAAUAACACGAGACAAGCCUGAACGCAAAAUGCAGAUGCACAGCCAAAUGCAGCUACCGAGAUUUUUGCUUCCGCAAAUUAUUAUAAACGCCACUACAACUACAACAUCUUUCUCUUUGCGCCACCCUUGAUGUGCGACUUUGAAAUUACAAUGAACAAGGUCCAUGUGACGCCCUUCAGCGAUGCUCUUCCACAAUACUGCAAAUAAUCCUGUAGAAGAUAAAGACUUGUUUCAGAAGACUUUCAAUCAUUGCGAGGAAGAUGUCGGUUAAAAAACAGCAAACGUACAACUUGGAUUCAAUACGAGAUGUGAAAAUAAUGAGUUGCAAAAGGUACGUUACAAAACGUGUAACCGACACAAAGACAAAGAAGAAUCGGCGAAGCAUCGUCUUGUUCUGUUUUGUAAUCUUCAUGCUACAGGGAGAUACAUGCAGAUGUUGGAAGUUGCACUAUACCUAAGGUCGAUGUUGCUCUAGAUGAAGCUGCGCCCCACGCGCAUUUUCUGACUACUUUUUGAAGAUUAGAAAUAACUACUACGACGCCCUGAGGCAGUCUGCACUGAAUCUAGUGCGAUAUUUAUUG